CUGAAAUAAAAAGUAAAAAGUACAAUAAAAAUUGUGAAUUAUUUAGUGCAACAUUACCCCUUAAAAAACAAUACAUGUAAGUGCGCAUGUGCUCGUGGUUUUACGCCUUUUUGUGCCACAUUUACAUUUUUGAGGCCACACUUGACAAGCUUUACGCACAUGAUUUACUUAUGUCAAGUUUUCUGUAGAAUAAUUGACUGAUCAUAAUAAAUCUAGAUCAAAAGACAACUUAGUAAACUUUCAUAAAUUUAAAAUUUUUUUUUUUUUUUUUUGGUCCUCAUCAAGCCCCUCUUCCACAGAAGCUGUGACAUGACAAUAUGAACUCCUGAGGUCAAUCCAAGCGAGCAGGACUCCUGCUCUCCAAUCGCAAUGCUCCUCCUCUCCGCAAAUGUCCGGAUCUGGGACCAAUCAGCGCCCGCAGCGCGGAGACAGAGGGGGACAGCGACCAGAGAUAAAAUGUUUGACUUGCAUGCAUCCUCUCAGAGCAUCUUCUAAUCGUUCCAGCACUGUCAGAAAUCUGCACGUUGAUCUAAACUCACCGCCCACUCCCUUACACACCCACCGCCGGGGAACAGUCAGCAAGCCCUCCGAGGCCCCGGCGCACUUUUCCUGCUGCGGACCAACCUGUUACUCAAGCAAAAGGAGACUUGACUGCACGCGCCGCAGCCGCGGAGCGCGCUCUGCUGCAGAAACUAAACUCUUUCUGAAGAGGGAAGACGCAUCUGAGGUUCUGGAAGAAAUCUGGAAUAAUGACCGCGCUUGCUGGAGGUUUGCCGAGAAUGAUGAGACCAAGUCCCCAUCAGAACUACCCGCGAGGAGGAUACUCCCUGGAAGUUUCCACGCCGCUCGGACAGGGUCGGGUCAACCAGCUCGGCGGAGUCUUCAUAAACGGCAGACCUCUGCCCAAUCAUAUCCGACAUAAAAUCGUGGAGAUGGCGCACCACGGCAUCCGGCCGUGCGUCAUCUCCCGCCAGCUGCGAGUUUCCCACGGCUGCGUCUCCAAGAUCCUGUGUCGGUACCAGGAGACGGGCUCCAUCAGGCCGGGAGCCAUCGGCGGGAGCAAGCCAAAGCAAACCACUUCACCAGAAAUAGACAAGAAAAUCGAGGAGUACAAGAGAGAAACCCCCGGAAUGUUCAGCUGGGAAAUCAGGGACAAAUUACUGAAAGAUGGGAUCUGCGACAGGAACAACGUCCCUUCAGUGAGCGCCAUCAGUCGCAUUAUGCGCUCUAAGUUCGGUGGAGCUGGUGAGGAUGAGGAGGAAGAGGAGGAAAUGGAGAAGAGGAUGGAGGAAAACGAACCACGGACUAAACACAGCAUUGACGGCAUUCUGGGGGACAGAUCCAGUCACUCGGACGAGGGUUCUGAUGUGGACUCGGAGCCAGGUCUGCCUCUGAAGAGGAAGCAGCGGCGUAGCCGCACCACCUUCACGGCGGAGCAACUGGAGGAGCUGGAGAGGGCCUUUGAGCGCACACACUACCCAGACAUCUACACUCGAGAGGAGCUGGCUCAACGGGCCAAACUGACAGAAGCUCGAGUUCAGGUGUGGUUCAGCAACAGGAGGGCCCGAUGGAGGAAACAGGCUGGAGCCAAUCAACUGAUGGCUUUUAACCACCUCAUACCUAGUGGUUUCCCUCCAUCGGCUAUGCCGGGUCUUCAGCCCUAUCAGCUGUCAGACAGUCCUUAUCCUCCAACUUCCAUCGCCCAAGUUUUGUCUUCGGCAGCCCCCGAGCAGACCAGUACGGUCCACCGGCCGCAGCCUCUACCACCCACCUCCGUCCACCAGAGUGGGCUCAGCUCAUCAGCGUCUUCUCAGGAUGGGAACUCUGCAUACUGCCUGUCGUCAGGGCGACACAGCUUCCCAGGAUACUCAGACAGCUUUGGGCCCCCGACAGGACACAACAGCGCUGUCAACCCCACCAUCAGCAACAGCCUCUCCCCUCAGGUAAUGGGACUGUUAAACCCCAGUGUAUCACAUCAAUCCCAGAGCGAUUUUGCCCUCUCUCCUCUGACUGGAGGUCUGGAGCCCAAUGGAGCUAUGGCAGCUAGCUGUCAUGGUUCCCAGCGACUGGAGGCUCUUCCACCUCUGACCAGCAUGCCCACUCUGCCCAGUACUCAGUCUUACUGCCCAUCAUCCUACACCUCCCCAGCUUACCCCGUAGACCACCACCCUACCUACCAAUACGGACAAUACAGCCAGAGCAAGGUGCCUUUCAUCAUAUGAAGCCCUAAAGAGGGCCCAAAAGGCCUGUAUGGUUGCUCCGAAUUCAUCCCCGGAGACCAUUGCAACCGUCCGAAUUUACCAAUGUCCCCGGACCUAAAGGCGGCGCGAUGAGGGGAAAGAGCAGAAAAAGCUGCUCGUCUGGACUGAGGCGGUAACUUCAGCGGCGGGGUGGAAUGUUCUGACUAAGGACCAAAAGUGGAGCCACCAACCGGUGUUUGGUCUGGUGCUCGGCUGUUCUCCAAGGACCAAACAAGGUGGUUUUAUCGGAUGAGCAAAAAAGGUGAAGAAUUUGCUUUUUUUGCCUUUUUUUUUUUUUUUUUAUUGGCAAAGAUGCCCGUGGAGAUGGACUUUAUCAGCUCAGCUGCUUCCCCGCUGGUGGAUGAUGCAGGCUGAUGAGCUUCUGGGAAUGUUUUUUCAGCACUACAUCUUAAAGCAGUUUUUGGACAAUGACUUGUGAGGUCAUUAGAAAAAAAAAAACAAAAAAAACUGAAGCCAAGUGGAUGCAGUGAAUCCGCUGAACCCAAAGAAAGUGCAAUACAUUCAUACCUCAUGUGCUGUAGUUUGAGAACGAUCACGUCUUUCACUAUAACCUCAAAACCUGCUCUUUCUAUUCAUUGUUUGGGGUUGUCUAAAGUUAUCAAUCAGGGGAAAUAUUGAACAAGAAAAGACAAGUCCCCAAGUCAAAAAAAAAAACCUGAAAGAAGCAGCAGCUCUAACAGUGCAUAUGUUAUUCAGUCGACAGUAUUUUUCUUACAACUGUUUUUGUUUAUUCGCAUGUUGUCUUAGCUGUAAACAGGAGCUCAAAGAUUCUAGUUCCAUUUCUUAUUUAUUUAGUGUUCAAGUGUAUUUUUUUACGCUCCAAGUCACCACACCUCUGUGCUUUGUUAAGUCUUAAUGUUUUUGUCACUUUUUAAGUUUUUUUUUUCAUUUAUAUUGAUGUGAAAUAAAGAUGUUGUAUGAAACUGUGUGUAUAAUAUAGCACUAUUACUAUUUAUAAUAAACUAUGUGAAAAUAAAUCGAAA